AAAUGGAGCAAAAAUGUUGAGGACCGAAAAAUGAGGACUGUCGCUUUAACUGAGGUCAGAGUUCACACUGCACGUGGUCAAGCCAACAUGGCGGCGCGCUGUUCAGUUCAGUGAAGUGGAGUCUGAAGUAGAAGUAGGAAGUCAGCAGAGUGAUGGCAGAUGUUAGUAGCAGCCCAGCCGCUGUUAAUCCACCUUCAAAGGAGGAGAAGCCUGAAGAUCUCACCCAAGACUCCAAAAAUGAUGAUGUCAAGUCUGAUGUUCAAGCUGAAGGGGAAAACGAGGCAGCCUCUGACCCCAGCAUGUACCGCUACAUCAAAGAGGACCUCUUCACAUCCGAGAUCUACAAAGUAGAGAUCAGAAAUCUGCCAAAGUUCAUUGGCUUCAACGACCUGAAGAAAUUUCUGGCCAAACACAAUCUGAACCCGCACAAAAUCAAGCUGUUUGGGAAGCAGACGUUUGCCUUCGUCACCUUUAAGAAUGAGGAGGAGCGUGACAAGGCCAUGAAGAUGGUGCACGGCAUGCAGUGGAAGGGUCAGGUGCUGAGUGUAAGGCUGGCCAAACCCAAAGCAGACCCCAUCCUGAGGAAGAGGAGGCAGGAGGAGGGAGAAGGUGCAGGAGGGCAGCCCCCAUCCAAGAGAACAGAAGGGGACGAGGAAGAGGAGCCGCUCAGUGUCCAGAUAGCCAACGUGGUGACUCCUCUGUGGAAUGUGCCUUAUGAGGAGCAGCUGAGGAGGAAGGAGCAGGAGGUGGUGGGGGUCCUGCAGAGGCUGGCCAAAGAGAUUGGCAGCACCAACAAAGCCAUGCUGCCCUGGCUGUUUGCACAGAAAGGGAAAUACAACAAAAUGUGUUGUCCACUGGAAGCUAUUCGACCGUCUCCUUCACAGACAGAGUACAGAAACAAGUGUGAGUUCCUCAUCUCGGUCGGUGCGGAUGGUGAGGAUAAGACCAUCGGUUUCCGCCUGGGCAAAUACAAAGGAGGUUCCUGUGCUGUAGUGGGGCCGGCGGAGACGUGCCACGUCUCAGCCGAGGCCAAGAGGGUGGUCGCCGAGUUUCAGAAGUUCAUCAGAACAACACCAUACUCUGUGUACAGCCCUGAGACAUAUGAAGGACACUGGAAGCAGCUGACUGUACGUACUACGAGGACCAAGCAAGCCAUGGCAAUGGUGUUCUUCAACCCACAGAAACUUGAAGAAGAGGAACUGGACGCUCUAAAGAGCUCAAUGAGGACGUACUUUACAGAAGGAGAGGGGAAAGACAGCGCUGUGACCUCGCUGUACUUUGUCAGAGAGGGUCAAAGGACUUCUCCUAACCCAGAAGACUUGCCCUGUGAGCUGGUCGCUGGAGAGAGCUGCAUUCAUGAAGAGCUGCUCGAUCUGAAAUUCAGAAUAUCUCCUCAUUCCUUCUUCCAGGUGAACACCGGAGCUGCAGAAGUGCUGUACUCUGCUGUGGGGGAAUGGGCUCAGCUGGAUCAGGACAGCACAGUGCUGGAUGUGUGCUGCGGGACGGGAACCAUCGGCAUCUCUCUGGCUAAGAGGGUGAAAAAGGUGAUUGGGAUUGAGCUAUGCCAGGAGGCAGUGGAGGACGCUAAAGUUAAUGCGAAGCUCAACGGUCUAAGUAAUGUUGAGUUUCACUGUGGAAAAGCAGAGGAUGUGUUCCCCAACAUCCUCAAUGCCCUGGUGUCACCCAACGUCACCGCCAUUGUGGAUCCACCGAGGGCAGGCCUACACUCUAAGGUGAUACUCGCCAUCAGAAGAGCAGAGCAUCUGAAGAGGCUGGUUUACGUGGCGUGUAAUGCCAAAGCAGCCAUGGCCAACUUCAUAGAUCUGUGCAGAGCUCCAUCCAACAGAGUUCACGGAGCCCCGUUCCGUCCAGUGCGAGCCAUGGCUGUGGAUCUGUUCCCUCAGACCAUGCAUGUCGAGAUGCUUCUGUUACUGGAGAGAGUGGACUACAGCUCCCAGCAGUAAUUAGGAAGAACUGGUUCUUAUCCUUAGGAACAGGCCUUGUACAGCUUGAUAGGCAGCAUGGGCUUCCAAUAGCAUAGAUGUAUGUAUACCGUGCUCCAAGUAGCCUUGAAAGUUUAUUUUUUUCCUCUGUCAUUUAAGUAUUUGGAAGGCCUUAUAGUCUAGGAGAACGAGUAAAAAAGGUGAUUUACCACUCAACUGUUUCACCCAGUUGAGCCCCCUUAUUUCAUGAUUUACAUAAUCUUGGCAUCAUUGUAAUAAGACACAGGACAAUAUUAGCUAAAGUGAGCUCAAAGGACUGGGUAGCUGUGGUCUCUAUGAGCUGUGGCUUAAAACUACAAUUCAAAUCUUAUUAACUGACAGCUUGUUAAUUAUCAAAGUGGCCACCCUGUUAACUUCUUUGUUUCUGUGUUUAACCUCUCUGUGACUGAAUAAAACAAUGCCUUUCCA